ACUCUCUCCCGUACACAAAAUUUUCAGUAUGGGCGCACGGACCAUGCUGUUAACGUUUGCGCGGGACUUCCGCCUGUAGCCCUAACAGGCGCGCACACACGAAAAACUCUUCAACCUGUCGCCCUAAGCACCGUCACUACACGGAACGCCUUUCCUCGCAACACCCAUCACUGUGCCGGCGCGGCAGUCUCCAAAGGGUCCCGACAGCAAGACGUGGUCGGCCCAUUGCUGGAGACGGCUUUGGGUAACGGGAAGCAAGAAACGUGGGCACGGCCUUGGUUCGCACCCUUGGUACACCCCGUGGACGGUGGGCCGUGGUGGAAUAGUGUGACUGAGGCGCCCCAUGCUUCUCACUCGCACUGGGAAUCUGCGCCGGGUCUGGAGGACGGGAAGAACUCGAUUGCAUUCAUGUCCACAUUGUGGCGCUGGGCUAGCCCAGGAACCAACGGGGGACUAAGCUGUGGAUGGACAUGUACGGGGUGUCGCCGGCUUUUCGAAGCUUUCUACUCGCACUAG